AUGGCUUCCUACGCAGGCGGUGCGAUGGCUAGCAGCAAGCGCAAACCCGAGGAGGCUCGCGAUUCAGAUGGCGACCACGAAGUUGGCAGCAACGUGGAUGGCCUCUCGCGGGGCACCUUCCACCUGCAGGUCGCCUCGGCAGAUGACGCGAUCGAGUUCAUCAACCGCUUCCGCGACGCCACGUCCUUCAGCGUGGUGGCAGUCCGCUCGUCCAGCGGUAAGAGACAGAAGUCGGUGGCCGUUGAGCAACAGCCUGUCCCUGUCAUCAAGCAGGAAGUCGAUUCUCGUCCGGCCUCGACUGCCUCGUUCACCCCGGCGCCGAGCCAGGUCACAAUCCUGUCGCCUCCCAGGCCUGUAGAGCCCUGCGGCAGCUGCGGCGGAGGCGGGCACCAGGCCAUUGACUGCGUAGACCCGGACGCCGACGGCUUUCUGGGCGCGUGUCCUCUCUGCAACACGAAGUCCCACGAGUUCUACGAGGACUGUCCCCUGCGAACCAACAGCCUCGAGCAGGACGGCAAAUGCCUCCUCUGGCGACGGCAGCGCAAAUGCCAGGUCAAGUCCAAGCUCCGCCUCGAUGUUUUGCUUGCAGCUCUAGUCCAGGCGGGCCACCCUCACUUCACCAGCCCCAAUGGCAAGUUCUACCUCCCCCACAGCCCCGGCUUCGCGAGCGAUAUCUAUCAGAAGGAGGUCAGGUCCACCAUCGACCACUACCGUCACCGGGCCUGGGCGUACCUGCAGCUGCCUGAGGACAAGCUGUGGCAGCGAGCUGAGAAUCUGCUCAAGGAGGAGGCGCGAGAGUUCGACACCAUGGAGAACGCACUCAAGAUCCUUGCGCGAUGCCACUGGCCCGAGGUUCUGUCGCAGCUGAAGCUUAGGAACGAGGCAGCUGAUGGUGUGUCUGCAACCUAG